GUUUAGUUAUCACAAGAACAAUUAUACAUUUAGAGGCAUCACCCGAACCACAGAAAAAGAUUUAGGUACUCAGUACCAGGACCAUUGAUAAAGUCACCAGCUUAUGGUAGGUGAGCCUGACUGACGCUGGAUACUACAAGUAGUAGAACUAUGCCGCGUCGUCGCCGCCAUCAUAGGAAGAGAAAAAACCGUCUUCAAUCUCAAUCCUGGUCAAGUUUUGAAGCCUCAGAACCCACUUCGAUUAAUGGAAAUAGAUCUUCUGAACCCAAUGAGACUGAUGUCAAUGCAGAGGCAGAACACACAUCACCAGAGAUGCCAGAGUCUGCGAACCAGUCCAUCCGUGAUAGAUUCACUUUACGUAAUCUCUUGACUUCAUUGUCUAUUGUGCUUCACGCUAUCCAACUGAUUCUAUCACCGAUUAUCCACCGUUUGAAUACUGCUCAGAAUAAAAGUUCUGAAUCCAGUUCGACAUUUCAGAACCAAGAUUCCGAUGAGGAUAACACUAAUACUGACCCAGAUCUUACCUCUCAGGCAAAUGUGGCUCCAGAGACUAAAAAAGCAACAGUACAUGAUGAAGCAGACAAUCAAGCCUCUGAUAAAAUUGAGACUUCAGAUACACCAGAAAUUAGACUACACUAUAAUGUUAAGAAUCAAACCUCUGAACCAGGUAUGUCCCCUCAGAGUCAAAGACCCCCAGAGCAUGAUGAGACUAAAAAUCAAAUCUCUAACUCAAGUGUGGCUCCUGAGAGUCAAACACCAGUGCAAGAUGAUGCUGACAAUCAAACCACUGAGGUAGGUGUGGUUGCUCAGAGUCAAGAAACACCAAUGCAUGUUGAGGCUGAGAAUCAAACCUCUGAGUCAAGUGUAGCUCCUGUGAGUCAAACACCAGUGCAAGAUGAUGCUGACAAUCAAACCUCUGAGGUAGGUGAGGUUGCUGAGCGUCAAGAAACACCAGUUCAUGAUGAGGCUGAGAAUCAAAUCUCUAACUCAAGUGUGGCUCCUGAGAGUCAAACACCAGUGCAAGAUGAUGCUGACAAUCGAACCUCUGAGGUAGGUGUGGUUGCUCAGAGUCAAGAAACACCAAUGCAUGUUGAGGCUGAGAAUCAAACCUCUGAGUCAAGUGUAGCUCCUGUGAGUCAAACACCAGUGCAAGAUGAUGCUGACAAUCAAACCUCUGAGGUAGGUGAGGUUGCUGAGCGUCAAGAAACACCAAUGCAUGUUGAGGCUGAGAAUCAAACCUCUGAGCCAGGUUUAGCUCCUGUGAGUCAAACACCAGUGCAAGAUGAUGCUGACAAUCAAACCUCUGAGGUAGGUGUGGUUGCUCAGAGUCAAGAAACACCAAUGCAUGUUGAGGCUGAGAAUCAAACCUCUGAGUCAAGUGUAGCUCCUGUGAGUCAAACACCAGUGCAAGAUGAUGCUGACAAUCAAACCUCUGAGGUAGGUGUGGUUGCUCAGAGUCAAGAAACACCAAUGCAUGUUGAGGCUGAGAAUCAAACCUCUGAGUCAAGUGUAGCUCCUGUGAGUCAAACACCAGUGCAAGAUGAUGCUGACAAUCAAACCUCUGAGGUAGGUGAGGUUGCUGAGCGUCAAGAAACACCAGUUCAUGAUGAGGCUGAGAAUCAAAUCUCUAACUCAAGUGUGGCUCCUGAGAGUCAAACACCAGUGCAAGAUGAUGCUGACAAUCGAACCUCUGAGGUAGGUGUGGUUGCUCAGAGUCAAGAAACACCAAUGCAUGUUGAGGCUGAGAAUCAAACCUCUGAGUCAAGUGUAGCUCCUGUGAGUCAAACACCAGUGCAAGAUGAUGCUGACAAUCAAACCUCUGAGGUAGGUGAGGUUGCUGAGCGUCAAGAAACACCAGUUCAUGAUGAGGCUGAGAAUCAAACCUCUGAGCCAGGUUUAGCUCCUGUGAGUCAAACACCAGUGCAAGAUGAUGCUGACAAUCAAACCUCUGAGGUAGGUGUGGUUGCUCAGAGUCAAGAAACACCAAUGCAUGUUGAGGCUGAGAAUCAAACCUCUGAGUCAAGUGUAGCUCCUGUGAGUCAAACACCAGUGCAAGAUGAUGCUGACAAUCAAACCUCUGAGGUAGGUGAGGUUGCUCAGAGUCAUGAAACACCAAUGCAUGUUGAGGCUGAGAAUCAAACCUCUGAGCCCGGUUUAGCUCCUGUGAGUCAAACACCAGUGCAAGAUGAUGCUGACAAUCAAACCUUUGAGGUAGGUGAGGUUGCUGAGCGUCAAGAAACACCAAUGCAUGUUGAGACUGAGAAUCAUACCUCUGAGCCAGGUUUAGCCCCUGAGAAUCAAGCAACACCAGUACAUAAUGAGUCUGAGAUUCUAACCUCUGAGCCAGGUGUGACUGCUGAGAGUCAAGAAACAUCAGUGCAUGAUGAUACUGACAAUAAAUCAUCUCAAUCAGUUGUGACACCAGAGAUUCAAAAAGCAAGAUUGCAUGAUGAAGCAGACGAUCAAGCCUCUGAUAAAAUUGAGACUUCAGAUACACCAGAAAUUAGACUACACUAUAAUGUUAAGAAUCAAACAUCUGAACCAGGUAUGUCCCCUCAGAGUCAAAGGCCCCCAGAGCAUGAUGAGACUAAAAAUCAAAUCUCUGAGCAACGCGUGGUUGCUGAGAGUCAUGAAACACCAAUGAAUGAUGAGGCUGAGAAUCAAAUCUCUAACUCAAGUGUGGCUCCUGAGAGUCAAACACCAGUGCAAGAUGAUGCUGACAAUCAAACCUUUGAGGUAGGUGUGGUUGCUCAGAGUCAAGAAACACCAAUGCAUGUUGAGGCUGAGAAUCAAACCUCUGAGCCAGGUUUAGCUCCUGUAAGUCAAACACCAGUGCAAGAUGAUGCUGACAAUCAAACCUUUGAGGUAGGUGAGGUUGCUGAGCGUCAAGAAACACCAAUGCAUGUUGAGGCUGAGAAUCAUACCACUGAGCCAGGUUUAGCUCCUGAGAAUCAAGCAACAUCAGUACAUAAUGAGUCUGAGAGUCUAACCUCUGAGCCAGGUGUGGCUGCUGAGAGUCUAGAAACAUCAGUGCAUGAUGAUACUGACAAUACAACCUCUCAGUCAGUUGUGACUCCAGAGAUUCAAAAAGCAAGAUUGCAUGAUGAAGCAGACGAUCAAGCCUCCGAUAAAAUUGAGACUUCUGAUACACCAGAAAUUAGACUACACUAUAAUGUUAAGAAUCAAACCUCUGAACCAGGUAUGUCUCCUCAGAGUCAAAGACCUCCAGAGCAUGAUGAGGCUAAAAUUCAAAUCUCUGAGCAACGCGUGGUUGCUGAGAAUCAUGAAACACCAGUGCAUGUUGAGGCUGAGAAUCAUAUCUCUGAGCCAGGUUUAGCUCCUGAGAGUCAAACACCAGUGCAAGAUGAUGCUGGCAACCAAACCUCUGAGGUAGGUGUGGUUGCUGAGAGUCAAGAAACACCAAUGCAUGAUGAGGCUGAGAAUAAAACCUCUGAGCCAGAUUUAGCUCCUGAGAGUCAAGAAACACCAGUACAAGAUAAUGCUGACAAUCAAGCCUCUGAUAAAAUUGUGACUUCUGAUACACCAGAAAUUACACUACACGAUAAGGAUGAGAUUCAAACCUAUAAACAAAGUGUGAUUUCUGAGACACCAGAAUCUGUACUUCAUGAUACGUUUAAGAACCAAACCUCUGAGCCAUGUAUGGCCACUGAGAGUAAAAAACAACCAGUGCAAGAUGAUGCUGACAAUCAAACCACUGAGCCAGGUGUGGCUCCAGUGAGUCCAGAAGCACCAGUACAUAAAGAAUCUGAGAUUCUAACUUCUGAGCCAGGUGUGGCUGCUGAGAGUCAAGAAACAUCAGUGCAUGAUGAUACUGAGAAUAAAACCUCUCAAUCAGUUGUGACUCCAGAGAUUCAAAAAGCAACAGUGCAUGAUGAAGCAGACGAUCAAGAAACAUCAGUACGUGGUGAGGGUGAAAAUCAAUUCUCUGAGCAAAUUGUAACUUCCGAUACACCAGAAACAACACUACAUGAACAGAUUGAGAAUCAAACCUCUGAUAAAAAUGUUACUUCUGAUAUACUCCAAACUACACUACAUUAUAAUGCUAAGAAUCAACCCAAUGAGCAAAGGCAAAUCAAAACUCUUAUCACUUCUGAAGCGACAAUGCAAGAGGACAGAAUGUACGUCGAUCCUGCAGAGUACAUUUUCAGCCACAGAGAACUACACGAUUGCAUCCUUACUGUAGGCAAAGCUGGAUACAAACUUGAAAAAAUAAGUGCAGUGAAAUGUCAUCUUAAAGCCUCGAGUUCAGUGUUAAGAGACCUUUUGACAGAUUCUACCACUGAGGUAUCCAUCAGCCAAGUCAGCCCUGAAGUCUUCAAGCUGCUAUUGUCUUAUGUGUAUGGGGGGAAAUUGCCGACUUUGGAUCAAGACACGGCGGCGCAAUUGGCUUUGGCUGCUAACUUCUUCAAUAUUCGACCCUUGGUGACCAAAGCCUGCAAACGGAUACUGCUGAGCAGUCCAGAAAGUGUUUUCCCAGCAUUGUGGUGUGUCGCUUAUGGCUUACCUUGCCAAUCGUUCGAGCGUCAUAUAAUCAAUAUAGUCCAAGAGGAAACACAAGCAAUAUUGAUGUCUAAACAGUUUAUGGACCUAGAUGUAAAGUGUUUGGAAUUCAUCGUUCGACAGGAAAGAUUGUCCGUGACAGAGUUUGAGCUAUGGAAAGCUCUCAUCCAAUGGGCGCAGCAUAAAAAAGCCUUUGCCGAAUCAGAUAAAACUCUACGAGAACUUCUGCAGACAGUCAUGCCAGAUGUUCGCCUUGCCACUUUUGAUGUAUAUGAUAUCGUUAAGGAAGUGACACCAUACAUGAUCCUCACUUCGGACGAAGUUAUUGAAUUGCUGACUUUCAUUUGCAGUAAUCAACCCAUGAAGUCUCCUUUGCUGUGCAGUAUCCGGGAAACAAGAAAUGUAUCUAAAUCACGCCAAAGUAAUUUGAACGAUGUUGUACAUGUGCACAGUAGAUACUACGUAUUUAAAAGUAACCCAGUAAUCUUGGGCUACAGAGUCUUAAAACUACCAGAAUAUCACGCAAGAUCCAGUUUCAUGCUAGACACUAAUCAGGAAGUUCAGAUUGAUACGUUCGCAGUACAGAACAGGUCGGUUAUGAGUUUGGGUAAAAGAAUGACCUACGAACUUAUCUGUAAUAUAACUGUAGACACAUUAAAGGACAACUCAUGUAAAAGGACUUGUCAUAUUGUUAUGAGAGGGAAGGCAAUUGGAGGCAGACUCAGUUCCUAUUCUAUAAGGUUGGAUAAUGGAGGGCCACUGAUACUGAAACCUUGUUACAAAUACAAAUUUACUCUGGAAUUCAAUUCCCCUCACCCUGUCUACAGACUGGUAGAUUCUCAAUUCAGAGACGUAACACUGACAAAAAUCAAUCACACCAUUCAAUCCAGUUGUAUUAGAGUCCGACACAGUACCUCACUACAUGUUCGUAAAAUUGGUUGCUUUCUAAGAAUGCAAAUUUGAGGUUUUCUCAUAUAUCAUUCCUUGCAUUUUUAUUGAUUUAAAGCUAUAAUAGAUUUCCAUAUAUUAAACUUUGAAAUUGAUUAAUUUUUGUCCAAAUAAAUCAUGAGAACUAACACGGUUAGGGAUUUUCAUAUGGAUUAUAAGCCACUGUAGUUGUCCUUGUUAUACAAAACAGGGAGGAAAUGGAUAACAAUCCUAACUGGCAGUGCAAGUUCCCCUAUUGCUUGAAAUCAUAAUACUGUGUUCUCAUUUCUUCAGUUUAUUGUACCAUUGGUUUAUUAAUUACUUAAGCUCGUUAAGCUUUUUUAAGCUAUUCCUUGAGUUCGCAGCUCACUUUUCCUUGUUGCCUGAGCUAUCAUAUUUCAAUGCAUAUUUCCAAUUGGGUGUCCAACAACGAAUUUGCAGUCUCGUUUCCAAAUUGCUCAAUUUUGUAGGUAACGCUCGUUUUCCACCGGUUGUACAAGAUUCCUUCUUAAGCAAUCAAUUUUCGUCCUUAUGGCUUGAGCUUCAAGUGCCAUAACAAUUCUCAUUCCUGUAUUAGUUCACUUUUCAAUAUUUAACCUCGUAGAGCUUUAUUUCAAAUUGCUUGAGAUCACAGUGCUCGAUUCUCCCCUUAUUAUUUCACAUUAUCAUUGUCAUAUUGCUUGAGCAAGCAGCGGCCGCUUACCAUAGUUAGAGUUCGUAUGUUUCUGGAAUGUUUAAUCUUGCAGUUCACGUUGUUCUAUUGUAUAGGUCCUAUUGGCAAUCCUAGCUACGCUCGUUUGCAAAGCUUGUUUCUCUGUUGAUAAGAUCGAAGCACUCGUUUUCUCAUUGAUUGACUUUAAUGUAACUUACUUAUACCAGUUUCUGUACAGCUACAAAUCGCAGUACUCAUUUUCCUAUUGAUAAGACUCGCAGAACAUACAUAUUCAGAAGAUUAUUUUAAAAAUAAACAGUUCGAGAGUGGUCUUUUCCGAUCAGUUCGGCCCACAGUACUAGUACUCUAAUUGUAUGUUUUGCCCUAUUUGAUUGAGCUCGCAGAACAUGUUGCUCUAUUGCUUAAACUCGCGGUAUGUGUUGACUGACGUAUUGCUUGAGCUCGCGGUAUGUGUUGACUGACGUAUUGCUUGAGCUCGCGGUAUGUGUUGACUGACGUAUUGCUUGAGCUCGCGGUACGUGUUUCCCUAUUGCUUGAGCUCGCGGUACGUGUUGCCCUAUUGCUUGAGCUCGCGGUACGUGUUGCCCUAUUGCUUGAGCUCGCUGUAUGUGUUUCCCUAUUGCUCGAGAUAUCAGUUUGAGUUUCUAUAUUGCUUGAGCUCGCGGUACGUGUUUCCCUAUUGCUUGAGCUCGCGAUAUGUGUUUCCCUAUUGCUUGAGGUAGCAGUAUGAGUUUCUAUAUUGCUUGAGCUCGCGGUACGUGUUUCCCUAUUGCUUGAGUUCGCGGUAUGAUUAUCCCUAUUGCUUGAGAUAGCAGUUUGAGUUUCUAUAUUGCUUGAGCUCGCGAUACGUGUUUCCCUAUUGCCUGAGCUCUCGGUAUGUGUCGUAGUGUCACCUAUUGCUUGAACUUGCGGUUUUUGUUGCCCUGUUUCUUGAGCUCCCAAUGCUGAAUUCCUUAUUGCUUGAACAUACAGUUUGCGUUUCCCUGUUUUAUACGCUCGCAGUCCUGUUUUUUUUUUUUUUUUUUUUUUUUUUUUUUUUUUUUUUUUUUUUUUUACGUACGUAUAAUAUUUAUUACUACGUUAGCAAUUCGAACAUUGCAUUGUAAUAAGCGUUAAAUAUUCCACUCGCCCUUCAUCUAAAUCACACUCGUACAUACAUUUAUUUCAGCUAUUCGAAGUUUCACUCUGGCACCCGGUGGUCUCCCAGUGGUGUACAAUGAACUUGUUUGUACUGUAAAAUGCAUUAGCAACUAGCGUUGUGUACAGAUGAGAUUUAAAUGCUUUUAGCAUUGAGCCACUUAUAAUCGAACAUUGCAUUCUUUGGACAAACUGAACUCCUGCCUGUGAAGGCAAACGUUCAUGUAUACUACCUUCCUUUGUCUUUUAGUUUUAUUCAAUCAUAUUUUAUUUAAACAUGUUUAAUUCAAUAACAUGGUAUCUAUUCGAAGGGUAAUUUUUAAACAUAGGGGUUGGAACUUAUGGUUUAUAUUUUACUUAGCUCACGUGUCUCAUAUUCACAUUGUUUGAACUUGCAAAACUUGAUUGAGCUCGUACUACUCGAUUCCUUGUUGCUUGAGCUCGCAGUGGGCGUUGCCCUUAUGCUUGAGCUCGCGAUGCUAUAUUGUCGUCUCAUAUUCACCUUGUUUGAACUUGCAAUACUUAAUUAAGCUCGCACUACUCGAUUCCGUGUUGCUUGAGUUCGCAAUGCUAUUUUGCUGUCUCAUAUUCCCAUUGCUUGAACCUGCAACACUUGAUUGAGCUCGCACUUCUCGAUUCCUUUUUGCUUGAGCUUGCAGUGGGCGUUGCCCUUAUGCCUGAGCUCGCAAUGCUAUUUUGUCGUCUCAUAUUCACCUUGUUUAACUUGCAAUACUUAAUUAAGCUUGCACUACUCGAUUCCGUGUUGCUUGAGUUCGCAAUGCUAUUUUGCUGUCUCAUAUUCCCAUUGCUUGAACUUGCAACACUUGAUUGAGCUCGCACUUCUCGAUUCCUUUUUGCUUGGCUUGCAGUGGGCGUUGCCCUUAUGCCUGAGCUCGCAAUGCUAUUUUGUCGUCUCAUAUUCACCUUGUUUGAACUUGCAAUACUUAAUUAAGCUCGCACUACUCGAUUCCGUGUUGCUUGAGUUCGCAAUGCUAUUUUGCUGUCUCAUAUUCCCAUUGCUUGAACUUGCAACACUUGAUUGAGCUCGCACUUCUCGAUUCCUUUUUGCUUGAGCUUGCAGUGGGCGUUGCCCUUAUGCCUGAGCUCGCAAUGCUAUUUUGUCGUCUCAUAUUCACAUUACUUGAACUUGCAAUACUUGAUUGAACUCGCACUACUCGAUUCCUUGUUGCUUGAGCUUGCAAUGCUAUUUUGUCUAUUGUUUCAAAUCGCAGCGCUCUUUUUACAAGUGAGCUUGCAGUGCUAAUUUUUCCAUUAAAGGAACUCACAGUAAAUAUAUAUUUAAAGAGUAAUUUUAAAACACAAGAAAUAGAAGUUAUUGUUUCCAUUUUACUGUAGCUCGUACGUCUCAUAUUCACUUUGCUAGAACUUUUCAUGCUUGUUUCCUUUUAGAUUCACCUCGCAGUGCUGGGUUCUUUGUUGGUUGAGUUCGUAGGGGGCGUUGCCCUUUUGCUUGAGCUCGCAAUGCUAUUUUAUCUAUUGUUUGAAAUCGCAGCGCUCUUUUACCGCGUGAGCUAGCAGUGCUAGUUCUCCCAUUGAUAGAACUCGCAACAUAUAUAUACUUAAAGAGUGAUUUUAUAACACAGGUAUAGAAGUAUUGUGUUGACAUUUUUCAGUGAUGACUGCUAUUAUUGCGCUAAACGGAUUAUAGUUAAGGUUCAUACUACAAAGGUUAAAAUAAAUAUGUAAUAUUUAUUUUAAGCUAUACAUUUAUGUUGCUUCAAUUCAGCUUCUUGUUGAGGAAUAUUCUAAAUGUAUUGUUAGUUUUCACUAAAAUUUAUACUUUAAUUGUAUAACUUUUUAUUACCUGAAACUAUGCGAAGGAAGUGUACAUACAUGUAUUAAGUACAGUGAGUGAGUGAAAUUAUAAUUAAUUGGACUUUCUUUAUUAUAAUUUCUUAGUUUAAUGCAAAUGUAAUAAAUUGUUAUGUUAAUGUUUAAUAAAUAUUUUAUUUUAUCUUC